AUGCCGAGACUGUCAGGACACGUAAAUGUGGAGGCGCUCUCCGCCCAGAACCGCGAGAAGGCAUCCGCCAUGGGCGGCGGCACUCCUCGCCCCGAAAUUCACUCCCUCGCCUUUGCCUCCCGCUUCACCGACAAGGACAUCCCCAAGUAUGAGAUGCCCCAGUCGUCCACGCCGGCCAACGCCGUGUACCAGCUGAUCAAGGACGAGCUGGAGCUGGAGGGCAAGCCCAUCCAGAAUAUGGCCACCUUCGUCGCCACGUGGAUGGAGCCCGAGGCCGAGAAGCUCAUGACCGAGAACCUGGGCAAGAACUUUGUCGACAAGGAGGAAUACCCGCAAACGGUGGAGGUCCAGGAUCGGUGCGUGAACAUGCUGGCCCGCCUCUACAACGCCCCCAAGGACGGCAAGCCGACCGGUACCAGCUGCGUCGGCUCCUCAGAGGCCAUCAUGCUUGGGUGCCUGGCCGCCAAGUUCAGGUGGCGGAAGAAGAUGCAGGCACUCGGCAAGCCCACCGACAAGCCCAACAUUGUUUUCGGCACCAACGCCCACGUGGUGGUCAAGAAGUUCGCCCGGUACUUCGAUGUAGAGCCGCGCGCGGUGCCCAUCCAUGACACCACGCACUACAUGAUGGAGGCCAAGGAGGCCGUCUCGUACGUCGAUGAGAACACCAUCUGCGUGUUCUCCAUCCUCGGGUCCACCUUCACCGGGCACUUCGAGAAGGUCAAGCUGCUCAGCCGCGAGCUCGAUAUCCUCGCCAAGGAGAAAGGAAUUGACGUGGACAUCCACGUGGACGCGGCGUCGGGCGGCUUCGUGGCGCCGUUCGUGUUCCCCUACCUGGAGUGGGACUUCCGCGUGCCGCGGGUGAAGAGCAUCAACGUGUCGGGCCACAAGUACGGCCUGGUCUACCCCGGCAUCGGGUGGAUCGUGUGGCGCGACGAGAAGGACCUGCCCGAGGACCUGGUCUUCCACCUGGACUACCUCGGCGGCGACGAGCCCACCUUCAACCUCAACUUCUCCCGCAGCUCGCUCGGCGUGCUGGGCCAGUACUACAACUUCCUGCGCCUCGGUCGGGAGGGCUACAGCGAUGUGAUCACGUCGUGCCUGGAGGGCGCGCGGUUCCUGUCGUUCCUGCUCAAGGACACGGGCUACUUCGAGAUCCUCUCGGAGAUCCACCGGCAGUACAACGAGGGCCUCCCGCUCGUGUGCCUGCGGCUGAAGGCCAUCGAGGGUGGCAAGCUCAACUUCGACGAGUACGACAUCAUGCACACCCUCCGGCAGAAGGGCUGGGUCGUGCCGGCCUACAAGCUGCCGCCGGCCCUGGAGACCAAGACCAUCUUGCGCAUUGUCGUGCGCGAGAUCCACACUAAGAGCAUCCUCGAGAAGCUGGGCUCCGACCUGGUCACGGCCUACGAGGCCCUCUACGAGCGGCACGGCGCCGCGAGCCCCACGGCGCCGCGCUCUGCUCCGGCCAUGGAGACCAAGUCCGCCGAGCGCAAGGAGGAGACCGACGAGGAGAAGGCCAAGGGCAAGGUCGACGAGGAGACCUUUACUUCGGUGUGCUGA